AUGAGUGUCGAGCAGAAACUUCAUCUGAUUACAAGAAACCUUCAGGAGGUUCUUGGUCUCGAGGAGCUAAAGAAAAUUCUCUCUGAAAGAGAUCUGAAUAUAUACUGGGGAACGGCUAUAACGGGAAAGCCACACAUAGCCUAUCUAGUUCCCCUGAUGAAGGUGAGGGACUUUGUAGAUGCUGGAUGUAAUGUGAAGAUCCUGUUUGCAGACAUUCAUGGGUUUUUGGAUAAUCUCAAGGCGCCUAUUGAAAAGGUUGAGUACAGAUGUGUAUACUAUGAAAAGCUGAUCAAAUCCUCGUUGAAAAUGCUGGGUGUUGACCUUAACAGAAUUCAGUUUAUCAAGGGCAGCGAAUUCCAGAAGUCAAACGAAUAUGUCAUGGACUUGUAUAAGAUUCUGUCAAUAACAUCUGAGCACGAUGCUAAGAAAGCAGGGGCACAGGUUGUUAAGCAGGUGGAGAAUCCCAUGGUAAGCUCUCUAGUGUAUCCAGCAAUGCAGGCUCUUGAUGAAGUCCAUAUGUCUGUGGAUGCACAGUUUGGAGGAGUUGAUCAAAGGAAGAUAUUCACGUAUGCUAGAAAGUACUUGCCGCUUCUCAACUACGAGAAGAGAAUACACCUAAUGAGUCCGAUGCUUCCUGGGCUGAACUCUGAAAAAAUGAGCAGCUCUGACGAUCUUUCAAAAAUUGAUCUUAUGGAUUCUAAGGAAGCCAUAUGGAAGAAGAUAAAGAAGUGCUUCUGUGAGGAGGGGAACAAAGAGAACGGGCUGAUGAAGAUUUUUUCGCAUAUCAUAUUUCCUAUCUUUGAGGUUAAGGGAGAAAAGAUUAGGAUCACUGAUAAAGAUGGAAAGGAAAAGAUCUUUGAAAAGUACCAGGAUUUCGAGGACGAGUUUUCAAGUAAGUCCAUACAUCCUGGAGACCUCAAGAGUAAUGCAGCGCGGCUUAUUGACAGCAUUAUAAGGCCCAUACGGGAGGAGAUGGAGAAAGAUUUAACGAUGGUCAAGCAGGCCUACGAUUAA